AUGGAUCUUCAUGCCGAUUCUCCCAAUUUCGGGAUGAAGAAACGAAAACAAGACGAACAGGAUGCUUUGGUCAGUGAUCAUGGAAAUUCCAUGAGUGUAGGAGAAUCAUCUGGUAGUGGUGACCCCUGCAAGAGUUUGACCUCGACAUCACUGAGUUCAAAGAAUUCAAAUGGUUCCGAUUCUGAUAUUUCAUGUCAUGACGAUGAUGAGGAUAUGAUUGAUGAUGAUGAUGAUGAUCAAUUCGACAAUUUGCCUCCUGGGAUAGAAGCUUCAGUACCUUGGUUGAAGGAUAUUGCUUCUAGUGAAUGCAAGCCGGCUGUUGCUCAUGUCCCUUCCGAGUCCAGUUCGAAAGAAAAAAUAGAUGAACCCACGGACACCGUCAUGCAAAAGUUUCGUCAAUUUAAGUCAUUUGAUACUGUUGAUUCUUUUCCUGAUCAUCACUAUGAUCAUCACUAUGAUAAGGAAGGUGCUUCAGUCUCAGAGGCACAGUUACAGCGACCAAAGAAUUGGGCAAAAAAAAUCCAGGACGAAUGGAAAAUCUUGGAGGAAAAUUUGCCAGAAACAAUCUUUGUGAGAGUUUGUGAAUCUAAGAUGGAGCUUCUUAGGGCUGUCAUCAUUGGACCUCAAGGCACUCCAUACCAUGAUGGCCUUUUCUUUUUCGAUUGCUUAUUUCCUUCUUCAUAUCCCACAGGUCCACCGAAAGUUCACUAUCACUCAGGUGGCCUAAGGCUAAAUCCAAAUUUGUAUCAAUGUGGAAAAGUGUGCCUUAGUCUCCUGGGUACUUGGCAUGGUAAGAAUAGCGAAAACUGGAUUCCAGAUAAAUCAACCAUGCUACAAGUCUUGGUUUCUAUACAAGCUCUUAUUCUGAAUGAGAAACCUUUUUUUAAUGAGCCUGGAUAUGCUAAUGCAUAUCUUGGCGAGGAGGGGCAAAGGAGAUCUAAGGAUUACAAUGAUAAUACUUUUAUUUUAUCCUUGAAGACAAUGAUGUAUGCCCUACGUAAACCGCCAAAGCACUUUGAGGACUUUGUUGCGGGGCAUUUCCGUCAAAGGGGCGUGGACAUACUGAAAGCAUGUAAGUCAUAUGCUGAGGGGGGACCAGUUGGAUCAGUUUUACAUAAUGCUGCUGCACCAAAUAAUCGUAGUAUUAGUGCUUCUGGCAAGAACCAAAAAGAAUUUCAGUCAACUGUGAGUAGGAUGAUGAACACCCUUGUUGCAUUUUUCAGCAAAAAUGGCUGCUCUAAUUGCGAAGAGUAUCGAUCUCUAGAGAUUUAUAACCUAUCUGCUGCUGCUACUGCUAACUUGGAAGUUUUCAAGAUAGAAUCUUCUGGCACAACAACAUUAACCCAGGUCUGA